UCUCCCCUUGUUGAUCGUUGCGACUUGAAGCUGCCUAAACUAGUCACUGUCCAAACGCCACACCCUCUGAAAUGCAAACGUCAAUGCAAAUACUGAGAAAAAUCAAACCCGCGCUGCCUCCAGUCUCCCCGGAAAUCUCCAACUUCCACCGGCGGAGCGUCUCGCCUUUGAUCGCUAAAAAGAGUCGUUUGCGGGGAACAGGAGCGCUGGCAGGUGCAGCCGCUGAUUCAAAGGCAUUACAUUUCAUAACCGGUGUGUCACUUUCCAUUCUGCCCAGUAGGUGGGACUUGAAGCCAGGAGCUGGCACUUCUCCUUUCCGCGUCUUUUUUUCCCCUCGUUUUUUCCCUCCCCCCGCCGCUGUUCCUGCGAGUCCUACAGCUGUGUGUGAACAGCCAAGUGCCAGGCGACUAACGGCAAAAGACGACGGGGGUAAACCUAUACCAUGAGGUCGGGAGAGGAGGACGGAGCGGGAGUAUUGAUUUUGCAAGCCUUUCUGUUGUGACGGAGUAUUGUUCAACUUGUCGGCUUCUGAAAUCGGACAUUAACGGCAUUGGUAUUAAUCUGACAUACCUCCACACUGAUUAAUGCUCACAUAAUCACACGCACAGGCACGCACACACAUAUCCAAACUCGACACUAACAUCCCUAAUUCUUUACUAACGCAGGACAUCAGACCCCCCUUUUAGCUCGGGAAACAUGGAUGUAUCGUUCUUUACACUCCGAAUCUGUUGGUGGAAGGUAUUAUUUCUCUUGAGCAUCUUCCAGGACUAUCUGAGCUCCAUGCUGGACUGCCCGCCGACCUGCAUUUGUUCUCCUACCGAGAUCUAUUGCAAUAAGUCCGACAAUGGGAAAUUCUUCCCUUUGCUCGCUCUGCAAGACACCGUGGGCAAUGGCAAUAACAGCAACAGCAUCCAAGACCUGUUCAAGAACAUCACGUCCAUACACAUAGAGAACUGGACGAGCCUGCCGACACUGCGGGACGUUGACAUGGAGCUGUACACAGGACUCCAGAGGCUGACGAUCAUGAGAUCGAACCUGCAGGUGAUCCAGUCGCGCGCCUUCGCCCAGAACCCCCACUUGCGUUACAUAAACCUGUCGAAAAACCCACUCGUCACGCUUUCCUGGCAGCUAUUCCAGAACCUCCAGAUCUUCGAGCUGCGGCUGGAGGAGGUGGUGUUUGACUGUGACUGCCGCAUCCGCUGGAUCCAGCUGUGGCAGCAGAGGGGGGAGGCCGGCUUGCAGAAUCAGCAGCUCUACUGCAACAGCAAUGGCUCGAAGACCCCUCUGCAGCUCAUGAACAUCUCCCAGUGUGACUUGCCUGAAAUUAGCAUGACUCACAGCAACCUGACUGUGAUCGAGGGGGACAACGUGACAUUCACCUGUAAUGGCUCGGGUGCUCCUCUGCCAGAGGUGGACUGGAUGGUCAGGGAGCUGCACUCCAUAAACACACACCAGUCGUUCGUCUAUUUGCCCAACGUUCACUCUAUCAACCUGACCCUGGUCAACAUCAGCCGGGACGACAACAGUUUCGUGCUGACGUGCAUCGCGGAGAACAUGGUGGGGAUGACCAACGCCUCGGUGCAGCUGGCCGUGCAGUUCCCUCCCACCAUCCUGAAGCUGGAUGAGCCCGAGCGGCGACAUGACACCUGCAUCGAGUUCACGGUGCGUGGCUUCCCCCACCCCACCCUGCGCUGGCUCUACAAGGGCAAGGAGAUCUCGCAGAGCGACUAUGUGCGCACGGAGAUGGACAUCUUCCAGGACUACCUGGAGGGCUGCCUGACCUUCAAGAACCCCACACACCACAACAACGGCAACUACACCCUGGAGGCCUCCAACUUCCUGGGCACAGCCACCAAGACAGUGUAUGGGCACUUCCUGACCCCGCCCUUUUCAGAAGAUUAUGAAGAGCCUCCCACGCCGACCAGCGUCACGCACCGGCCGGACGAGGGCACGUUCGGGGUGUCCAUAGCGGUUGGCCUCGCUGGCUUCGCCUGUGUGGUUCUGGUCCUUCUCUACGUCCUCAUCAACAAAUAUGGCCCACGCUCCAAAUUUGGCAUGAAAGGUCCUGUAGCGGUGAUCAGUGGAGAGGAGGAUUCGGCGAGCCCCCUCCAUCACGUGAACCAUGGCAUCAUUACACCUUGCACCCUGGAUGCUGCUCCUGAUGCUGUGGUCAUUGGCAUGACCCGGAUCCCGGUCAUCGAGAACCCGCAGUACUUCAGGCAUGGGCACAACUGUAACAAGCCGACCACCUAUGUCCAGCACAUCAAGAGGCGGGACAUCGUGCUGAAGAGGGAGCUGGGGGAGGGCGCCUUCGGAAAGGUCUUCCUGGCGGAGUGUUACAACCUGAGCCCCACCAAAGACAAGAUGCUGGUGGCAGUCAAGACGCUGAAGGACCCGACUCUGGCCGCAAGGAAGGACUUUCAGAGGGAGGCGGAGCUUCUGACCAACCUGCAGCACGAGCACAUCGUGCGCUUCUACGGAGUCUGCGUUGACGGCGACCCGCUCAUCAUGGUCUUUGAGUACAUGAAGCAUGGCGACCUCAACAAGUUCCUCAGAGCCCAUGGCCCAGACGCCAUGAUCCUGGUUGACGGGCAGCCUCUGCCCACCAGCGGGGAGCUAGGCCUUUCGCAGAUGCUGCACAUCGCCACCCAGAUCGCCGCCGGCAUGGUCUACCUGGGCUCCCAGCACUUCGUGCACCGUGACCUGGCCACCCGCAACUGCCUGGUGGGCAACGGCCUGCUGGUGAAGAUCGGCGACUUCGGCAUGUCCCGGGACAUCUACAGCACCGACUACUACCGGGUGGGUGGACACACCAUGCUGCCAAUCCGCUGGAUGCCCCCGGAGAGCAUCAUGUACAGGAAGUUCACCACGGAGAGUGACGUGUGGAGCUUCGGAGUCAUCCUCUGGGAGAUCUUCACCUACGGGAAGCAGCCGUGGUUCCAGCUGGCAAACAACGAGGUCAUCGAGUGCAUCACACAGGGCCGCGUCCUGGAAAGGCCCCGCCUCUGUCCGAAGGAGGUGUACGACGUCAUGCUGGGCUGCUGGCAGAGGGAGCCGCAGCAGCGACUGAACAUCAAGGACAUGCAGAAGAUCCUCUACGCCUUGGGGAAGGCCACGCCGGUCUACCUGGACAUCCUAGGCUAGCAGUGCCUGGGCCACCCACUCGUCCACCUGCCCGUCUCUGGCAGACAGGCCAGCACUACCCAGGAAUAACCAAACAACACGUACCUUAGUGCUCUGCUGUCACACGCCUGACAUGGGGAUGGACCUAAGUGCCUGCUACUCCUUUCCACACACUGGAUAAUGGUCUUAAAGAAAGACAAAAAAGCACUUUUACAUUUUGUUUACGUGCAUAUAAAAAUGUACAGUUAUACUGUAUGAAGAUUGAAAUCCUUUUUUCUUAAAAAUGGCCUCCAAAAUGAACAAAACAAAUAUAAAAAAGCACCGAAAAACUGGAAAAAAAAAAAAGAGAGAACCAAUACUUU